UUCAGAGUCAGUGUUGCAGAGGUGAGGUCUUGGAGAUGAGAUGCAGGUGUGCAGGCUUGAUUGGUGGCAAGUUGUGCGGAUCCACACCCAGAUAAAACAUCGAGGAUUGUGUGGUAGUGUCCAGGCUGCUGAUGGAGGCCUCCGCACAGAGUAGGCCUCGGGUUGGUGGGGGACUGUGGAAUAGCCCCAGAUCCACCCAGUACAGCAAGGAGACCCAGGACAUGCUGAGAUUAAUGAUGCAGGAAUCAAGAUUCAACAACCUGCAGACAAAGAAGAUCAACGAAUGCCUCAAGAACGGAGCAGCUCUACCGCUGACCUCUGAUCCCAAGUGGUCAGCUUCCCUUCCUCAACCAAAACCCUGUAAAUCUGCUCGGAAAUGCUUACCAGGCAAGUCUCAGAAGCGGAGUGCUGAAUUGUGUCGUUCUGGGGACAACUACACAAGAGAAAAGUUCCGACCUGGUCCUACAAGAGACUUAGAGAAAGAGAAGAGGAGGCUUCAGAGUAUUUUUGAAACAGGACAAGAAGAGCCCAAAACUCCAGUGAACCAAAAUGUUCCUGCAUGUUCCAGCCCAGAGGAGGUUGACCGGUAUCAGGAAGUGCUGGAUGAGAUAGAGGACAGAAGACAGUUUCUGGAAGAUAUGGCCUCUCUGGGAAAAGAGAAGCCGUACAUUAACAUCAUCAACAGUGAGAUAUCACAGAGAUUACAGGAACUGGAGUUGAUGGACAAGGAAAAGAGAACUGAGAAAGAAGUAAUGAUCUUUGAGAGGAAAGAGACUGCAGAACAAACCAUGGACAUGAAAGAGACUGGGGUUAACAUUCACUGCCACUGACUGGACAUGAGGAAAUUACCCGGAUAUCUGGUGCAUGCAAUAAAUCUACAAUGAGGUGUGAUACAAGUGUGGCAGCUGACCAGCUGCACUCUGCUUUAAAUGUAUAAGCACAGCAAUGAAGACUAAACUGUGAUGCCAGGCAAUAAAAGCAUGAAAUUAACAGGACACAUU